AUGGCAAUAGAACAAAAAUGGUGGCCAUGGAAGCCAUCCCUAUAUACUCAAUAUCGUAUUCGUAUUAUAAAUGAAUUACGUCUUGCUCAACGACAUGAACAUUGUAAGGAGUUACGUCAUCAAAUAGAUCGUGUUAAACAAGAUAUUAUUGAAAUACUUAGACAAAUGACACCCAUUGAUUUUACUCAAAUAGAUCAAAAAUUAAAUUCAUGUAUUACCUUAUGUCAAACUGAAGAAAAACAUACACUUAAAGAAUAUUAUCGUAUUAAAAAGCAAUUAAUUCAUCUAACACCAAAACUUCUUAUUGGUAAUGCUUAUUUACAUGCUCGUUGUAAUGAACUUUCAAUAAAAACACAAUCUAUAAAUAAUAAAAAAAAACGAAAACGUUUAAAAUUAACUAUUGAACAACAAUGGAAAAAAGGUAUUGGUGAUGCAUAUCGAAAAUCACAAAUUCAACGAGAUAAACAAGAUUUAUUUAAACAUAAUCAAACUGUAAAUAUUUCAAUACCUAUUGAAUCCUUACCUAUAAUUCAUGAUUAUCCUCUUGAUGAACAACCGAUUAUAACAGAGAAUAUUAUUAAUGAAAUAAACGAACAUGAAUUUAUACCACCUUUACCACCGACUUUAAUUGAUGAACCAAUUAUUCCAUUUCAAACACCACCAAUUUCACGUCGAUUAACGCCAUCGGAUCCAUUUCAAUUAGCUGUUGAUGAUACGAUUGUGAAACCACAUCGUUUGAUUAAUAAAACAUUAGGAAAUAUUAGUCAUAUGUCAUUUCAUAUUGAACCUGAUCAAUGUUCAUCACCGAAACCAGACGAGAAAAAAAAGAAAACAAAAUUAAAAAAAUUAAUGUUACCACUACCACCACCACCACCUCCGCCACCAUUAUUUAGUUCAACAGCUAUUUUUGAUACACAUGCUUUUUUUACACAAACAAAUACGAAAACAAAAAAACAAAAGAAAAAAAUUGAUAUUGCACGUCAACCUAUUAUAAUGACAAUUAAUGAUACACGAAAGAAAAGAACUAGAACAAAAAAAUCUUCUCCUUACGAUUUUCAAGAUGAUGAUAUUAGUACAUCAUCACGGUCGAAAGGUGAGAAAUGA